AUGGCGGACGAGGCGGCGCUCGCCCUUCAGCCCGGCGGCUCCCCUUCGGCAGUGGCGGCGGAGAGGGAGGCCUCGUCGCCGCCCACCGGGGAGCCGCUGCGCAAGAGGCCGCGGAGAGACGGCCCCGGCCUCGGGAGGAGCCCGGGCGAGCCCGAUGGGGCGGCCCCUGAGCGUGAGGUGCAGGCGGUGGCCGGCGGCGGCCCGGCAGCGGCGGCGGCGGGAGGGGAGCGGGAGGCCCAGGCGACGGCUGGCGGAGUAGGAGACAAUGGGCCGGGCCUACAGGGCCUAUCCCGGGACCCGCCGCCGGCCGACGACUUCGACGACGACGACGACGACGAGGGCGAGGAGGAGGAAGAGGCGGCGGCGGCGGGGAUUGGGUACCGAGAUAACCUUCUGUUUGGUGAUGAAAUAAUCACCAAUGGUUUUCAUUCCUGUGAAAGUGAUGAGGAUGAUAGAGCCUCACAUGCAAGCUCUAGUGACUGGACUCCAAGGCCACGGAUAGGUCCAUAUGCUUUUGUUCAGCAACAUCUCAUGAUUGGCACAGAUCCUCGAACAAUUCUUAAAGAUUUACUGCCAGAAACAAUUCCUCCACCUGAAUUGGAUGAUAUGACUCUGUGGCAGAUUGUUAUUAAUAUCCUUUCAGAACCACCAAAAAGGAAAAAAAGAAAAGAUAUUAACACAAUUGAAGAUGCUGUGAAAUUAUUGCAGGAAUGCAAAAAAAUAAUAGUUCUAACUGGAGCUGGGGUUUCUGUUUCUUGUGGAAUACCUGACUUCAGGUCAAGAGAUGGUAUUUAUGCCCGCCUUGCAGUAGACUUCCCAGACCUUCCAGAUCCUCAAGCAAUGUUUGAUAUUGAAUAUUUCAGAAAAGAUCCAAGACCAUUCUUCAAGUUUGCAAAGGAAAUAUAUCCUGGACAAUUCCAACCAUCUCUCUGUCACAAAUUCAUAGCAUUGUCAGAUAAGGAAGGAAAACUACUUCGAAACUAUACUCAGAACAUAGAUACACUGGAACAGGUUGCAGGAAUCCAAAGGAUAAUUCAGUGUCAUGGUUCCUUUGCAACAGCGUCUUGCUUGAUUUGUAAAUACAAAGUUGACUGUGAAGCUGUACGAGGAGAUAUUUUUAAUCAGGUGGUUCCUCGAUGUCCUAGGUGCCCAGCUGAUGAACCACUUGCUAUUAUGAAACCAGAGAUUGUCUUUUUUGGUGAAAAUUUACCAGAACAGUUUCAUAGAGCCAUGAAGUAUGACAAAGAUGAAGUUGAUCUCCUCAUUGUUAUUGGGUCUUCCCUGAAAGUAAGACCAGUAGCACUAAUUCCAAGUUCCAUACCCCAUGAAGUGCCUCAGAUAUUAAUUAAUAGGGAACCUUUGCCUCAUCUGCAUUUUGAUGUGGAGCUUCUUGGAGACUGUGAUGUCAUAAUUAAUGAAUUGUGUCAUAGGUUAGGUGGUGAAUAUGCCAAACUUUGCUGCAACCCUGUAAAGCUUUCAGAAAUUACUGAAAAACCUCCACGAACACAUAAAGAGUCAGCUCAUUUGUCAGAGUUGCCACCCACCCCUCUUAAUAUUUCAGAAGGCUCAAGUUCACCAGAAAGAACUUCGCCACCAGAUUCUUCAGUGAUUAUUACACUUUUAGACCAUGCAACAAAGAGUAACGAUGAUCCAGAUGUGUCUGAAUCAAAAGAUUGUAUGGAAGAAAAAUCACAGGCAGUACAGACUUCUACUAGGAGCACUGAAAGUGUUAAUGAACAGUUGGAGAGUCCGGAUUUGAAGAACAUUGGCUCCAAUACUGGGGAGAAAAAUGACAGAACUUCAGUAGCUGAAACAGUGAGAAAGUGCUGGCCAGCCAAGCUCGCAAAGGAGCAGAUUAGUAAACGGCUUGAUGGUAAUCAAUAUCUGUUUUUACCACCAAAUCGUUAUAUUUUCCAUGGUGCUGAGGUAUAUUCAGACUCUGAAGAUGAUGUCUUAUCCUCUAGUUCUUGUGGCAGUAAUAGUGAUAGUGGAACAUGCCAGAGUCCAAGCUUAGAAGAACCCAUGGAGGAUGAAAGUGAGAUUGAAGAAUUUUACAAUGGUUUGGAAGAUGAUGCUGAUAUUAAUGAGAGAGCUGGAGGAACUGAAUUUGGAGCUGAUGGAGGUGGUCAAGAGGUAGUUAAUGAAACUAUAUCUCUGAAACAGGAAACAACAGACAUUAACUAUCCAUCAAACAGAUCAUAAUGUAAUUAUUGUCCAGGUACAGGAAUUGUUCCACCAGCAUUAGGAACUUUAGCAUGUCAAAAUGAAUGUUUACUUGUGAACACGAUAGAACAAAGGAAACCAGAAAGAUGUAAUAUUUAUAGACUGGUGAAAUAGAUUUUUCCCCCCCAUGGGUAAUUUUAACUUCUUUAUUUCUGUACUUGCACACUCAACACUAACUUUUUUUUUUUUUUAAAGAAAGGUACUAAGUAUCUUUAAUCUGCUCUUGGUUAAGAUUUUCUUUAAAAGGUUCAUUUGUAUGAUACAUCCAUAUGUAUAUAUAAUUUUUGUUUAUACAUUUUGCCUAGUUGAGUUUCAACAUUUUAAAGUUUUCAAAAAGCCAUUGGAAUGUUAAAUUAAUGUAAAGGGAACAGCUUAUCUAGACCAAAGAAUGGUAUUUUCAUUUUCAUUCAAUUUCUUUGUAACAUUGAAUGGUUUGAAAUCCUCAAAUCUCUGUUCUGCUAAACUUUUGAUUAUUAGCACAAUUACCUAUUUUUAAACACUGGCAUUUUCCAAAACUUAUGGCAGCUAACUUUUUAAAAAUCUCAUGACAUGCAGUGUGAGUAGGUUAACAAUAUGUGGGAUAGCACUCGGUUGUCUUUGCUUUUUAAAGUAAGACUUGGUGCUAAGAGUUUCUGGAUUAUUGUAUUGUUCAAAUGAAAAUGGCUUUUGUACUUCCUGUGGACAUGUAGAAAUGUCUAUAUUGGCUCAUGAAACUAACCUGUAAAACAAAUAAAUGCUUUGGAAAUGUUUCAGUUGCUUUAGAAACAAUAGUGCCUGCCUGGGUCCCCCUUAGUUUUGAGAAUAUUUGCCAUUGUUGUUUAAAUACCUAUCACUGUGGUAGAGCUUACAUUGAUCCUUUCUCACAAGUAUUAAACUGCUAAGAUGUGAAUAUGCAAAAGCCUUUAUGAUCUAUAAUAAUGGUACUUUGGGGAGAGUGUAAUAUUAUGGACUGUUGCUUUUCAUUUCCACAGAUGAGAGUGACAGGUCCCUGAUUACGGUUCCAAAGUAAUAAAAUAUUAAUUAUAUAUAACUCAGCCAGUAAGUACAUGUCUCCUGUUGGGAGUAUUUGGUGUAAUAAACACCAAACUGCUAGCCUAGUACUAUGGAGAUGAACAUGAUGUAACUUAUAAUAGCAGAAUAAUUAAUGAAAUGAAUCCCUAUUGUGUCUUUAUUUAAGAGCUUAGCCUGCCUUAAAACUAGAGAUCAACUUUCUCAGCUACAGAAGCUUCUAGCCUUUCAAAAAAGUUCACACUUUUUAAAAUUGCACACAAAACAUUUAUUUUCCAGACUUUUUGCAACAUUACUCCCAAAUUAUUAAGUAUUCUUAUGUUACUUUGGUAUUUAUUCGUUUUUUAAAAAGGGUUUGAAAUACAGCUGUUCUUUAAGCAUAAAAUACCCAGCUAGGACCAUUACUGCCAGAGGAAAAAUUUUUUGAAUGGCCACUUCCCUACCUAAAAGAUGUCUCAAUCUCAAUCUAUUUGGCUAUACUAAAGAAUGCAGUAUAAGUAUAUUUAGUUUUUCAUUUGCAUGAUGUGUUUGUGCUAUAGAUGAUAUUUUAAAUUGAAAAAUUUGUUUUAAAUUAUUUUUACAGUGAAGACUGUUUUCAGCUCUUUUUAUAUUGUACAUAGUCUUUUAUGUAAUCUACUGGCAUAUGUUUUGUAGACUGUUUGAUGACUGGAUAUCUUCCUCCAACUUUUGAAAUACAAAACCAGUGUUUUAUACUUGUACACUGUUUUAAAGUCUAUUAAAAUUGUCAUUUGACCUUUUUCCCGUUAACUUA